AUGUUAAACGGUGACGAUGCUUAUGAUGACGACAAUGUUACCGUUAUUGUCCAGAAUGAACCUUAUGUGCUCAGUCUAUUUGAUACACCUGGACAGGAUGAAUACAUACGUCUGCGGACCAUGUCCUACAUGAAAUGCGAUGUGUUCGCCGUCUGUUUCUCUGUGGUCAAGCGAGAGAGCUACAAGCAUGUUUCAGACAUUUGGUUACCCGAGAUCCGACGCUACCUUCCCAACACACCGUUCUUGCUGGUCGGCACGCAGACUGACCUCCGACAGUCAGGAGUCACCACAGGAGGUGGCGUCAACGGAAGCAACAACAACCCUCUCAAACCCGUCGUGUCGUCAGCCGAGGGCGUGAAGAUGGCCGACCGUCUGGGUGCUCACUGCUAUGUCGAGUGUUCGGCCCUCAAUCAGACGGGGAUACAGACAGUGAAACACAAAUUAAUCCGUGCCGCCCAGGAUAUAGGGCAAGGCAAGGGUGGAAUCGUUGGGGACGAUGAUUUGUCAGACUCUUGUACAAAAUGCGGCUGUCAAAUUGUUUGACUGCAGCCAGAGGCAGCGGACUCACUGGCAUAUGCACACCUGCGUAUGCGCACUCACUUGCAUUCACCCACAUUAAACACACCCACACCCACAUGCAUUUGGUGCAUCUGCACACUUGUGCGCGCUCACAUGCACACAUGCAGGAUGUGGACACACAUUGUAUUUUGUAUGAAAACUGUUGGAGGGGGUUUGGGUGGCUGGGGGUGGGGGUGAGGAGAGAGAGAGAGGGCAAACGCGAGAGAUUGUAGGGGGAAGGAAAGAUGUGGUGGUGGUGGUGGGAGACAGAAGGGCAAAGAAAGGAAUCUCUGAAAGAGAAAGAAAAGAACUGUGUAUGAGAGAGAGAGAGAGGAGGGGAGUGAGAGUGAGAUGGAGUGGGGGGAGUGAGAGAGAGGGGAACUAACUGCUAUGACAGAGGGUGGAUAGGGGUGGGUUAAUAAGAACCUGCUGUGACAAAAGUGUUGGGGUUGUAGUGUUGGUGUGGUCUAGUGCGGUGUAGGGUUUGGCAGGUGGAGGCAGAGGGAUCAAAAACAAAAAAAAAAUAUAUAUAUAUAUAAAAGCAUGCAGUCUUUUGUGGGGGCGGAACCUGUUAGAGAGGGGAGCAGGAGGAGGAGGAUAAGGAGGGUUUGCCUUGAGUUGAGGCAAGGGUGGAUCGGAUGCGGGGCGGGGUGGCAGGAUGACGGGGAGGAGGGGGAAGGGGAGGAGAACUUUGAGUCUUCCACUGUAAAAUAUGGCAGAAAGUGACACAUGGCAAAACUACUGCUACUAUUACUACUACUACUACUACUACUACUACUGCUACUGCUACUGCAAGAGCAGCAGGAGUAGCAGUGGCAGCAGAUUUGUUUAUGGCUGACCGCUGCGUAAGUGGUCUUCUCUACUGAUUAAACUAUUUAAAAAAAAAAAUUGGGGGAAGGAGGGGCGUCGGUCACUUUCUGCCAGUUGUGUGUUCAUGUGUGUUUGCAAGAUAUUUAUAUUAAUAUUAUUAUACUAUGCACAUGCACACACAUUACACACACAGACAAACACACACACACACGCGUACACAAAUGCACACACACACACACACAAUGCACGCAUACAUGAUACAUUUUAAAAUGUACAUCAGCAAACUUCAAUUUUCAUGGUGAAACGUGUCUUAAAAACCACAGUGUUUUGAGAAUUAAUUGGUGCUGUUAUCUUUUAUUCAACCAAAACGCGGCUGUUAAUAAUUUGUAAUGGACAUUGCAAGGGAGAGAAUAAUAAAUUUGUGCCACCAGUAGUCUCCCUUUGUGUGAUAAUACACACACACACACCACUGACU